AUGGAUGAUAUUAUAUUCGAAGCAGUGCGACAAUGCGAUCCUGAUCCGAUCUCACACGAUGACUCCAGUAUGGCUCAUUUAAACAGUUUUGAGUUUAACUCCCACCAAAGUACACCUCAUUAUUCUGCUUCAGAAUUGCGUAGUGCAUCUGCUGCGCCAUCUCAACCCCCACUUACACCAUCACCGGCCAGUUUUGAUACAGGCGGAGAACGAGCUGUUGCUUCGCCCUUUUCGGACUCAACGUCAUCUAUUGCCAAAACGUCAGCAGAACAAACUAAUCGUCGUGGUAGGAGCAACACGGAAAACAGAUCCGGUUCGAACACUACACAUUCACUUGCACGGCCUUCUGCGAGUGAUGCAUGCACAACCAUCGUUGCCUAUCUCAUGCAAUUUAACAAGAGUGCUGAUGAAGAGUUCUCACGUAAAGCAAUUGAGUCCUUGACAAAGAAACUCAAGGAUAAGAGGGAUGAACUGGAUGCGUUGAUAGCAUGUUGUGGAAGUGAAGGGAAGGAAGCGGACAAGUGUGUGACCAUAGCUCGAACACUGGAUGGUCGUUUGCAGGUGGCAGGUCGAAAAGGUUUUCCUCACGUUGUGUACGCUCGUGUUUUUCGAUGGCCAGAUUUGCAUAAGAACGAAUUACGACAUUUGAGUAUCUGCGAAUGUGCUUUCGACCUCAAAUGUGACUCUGUAUGUGUAAAUCCGUACCAUUGUGAGCGCAUCAUGAAUCCGACGUUAAACAACCUGAGUAAUUUGGAUCUAGCUUCACUGAAACUUGAACGUUCGCCGUCUGAAAGCACCGAUACAGACGUUGAUCGACUCACUGCACUUUACAGAGAUUUUCGACCCGAAGGCGCCUGGAACUCAAUUGCCCCGUUUGGUCAACCACAUCAAAAGAUUUCACCUCAAGCACCAAACACCUUCGGUACCGCUUAUCCUCAUCCACAUGCUCCUCCAUGGGCGCAAAAAUCGAUGACCGCUCCGUCCGUCGAUUUGUCAAAUAAUCACGCGUUUGCAUUGCCGGAUAAAGCAGUUCUGCCAUCUCAAAUGCUUCCACCGCAUGCUCUCCUUCAACAGCACCAGAAACAGGCCCAGCCGGACUUCUCUCACCUUCGACUCUUCGAUGGAUCCUUUCAAACGAAUCGUCCUACUCCUUCAGAUUCAACACAAGUUGCAAACGCUCAGCAAGCCUUCUACCAUCAGCAUAAACCGCCUCAGAAUCAUCCCAUGCAGCUACAUCCGUCGACAAGUCUUCAGAGUUCUCAGUCGAGCCAUCUUCAACAAAUUUCGCCGCUACAAACGGCAUUUUCCGACACAACGCUAGGACGACCUCACCCUCAACUUCACUUGCCUUUACAACCGUCACGAUCUCCUAAAAACACAGUUCAAGUGCAACGAACUGCUCAGUUACAAGACGGCCAAAUGGCUACUAACCUCAAAAUUUCUGAUGAGAAGGAAAAGCUGUUGUCACGACCCAUACCUGGACAACCCUAUGGCAAUCUUUGCUUAGUUCCAAUCCUGGAUCGCGACUGGCAACCUCAAGCCAAGUUACUCUGUAACAACGAUGACUCGAUCUCUUGCGAAAAAUUGCCUCAGUGCGCGCUGUCGAGUGUGAAUGCCGAAUUCGUCCUCGGAAACAAGCUGAAAGUGAACAGUUUCGAACCACCUUCAUGUUCGGUUGACUCCAAUUGGGGAUGUUUCGUUUACUAUGAAAGAGAAGUGCAAAUUGGGCUGCUUCAGGUGAAGCACAGCGAUAUGUACAUUGACGGUGGUUUCGGUCAAGCAUCCAACAGAUACUGCCUUGGGCGCGAGAACAAUCCACUUCGGGAACAAGACUGCCAUCUUGUGAGGCAAACGAUAGGUGACGGAAUUCGUCUUUCAUUCAAAGAAAACGGUGAUGUUUGGGUUCAAGUAUACACGGGACGUGCCAUAUUCGUCCAUUCUCAUUAUCUGGAUCGUGAAUCUGGAAGAGGUACCGGCGAUGUGGUACAUAAAGUGUAUCCUGGAGCAAAAAUUAAGAUAUUCGACCUGAAUAACGCUAAGGCCAUUCUUCGUCAACAUAUGUUGGCAUGUCAAACGGCAAAGGAGUACCUAGCUGGCCAAAGAACACCCAUGGAUGAUCUGUUCCAUAUGUAUAAGAAGGAUAAGCUUGAUGAGGAAGCUAAGAAAGGAGCUGACGAUAUGAAAAGAUUCUGUGUUGCACGGAUCUCGUUUGUGAAAGGUUGGGGUCCAGAUUACAAUAGAAAGAGUAUAAGCGAGUGCCCCUGCUGGAUUGAAGUCAAAAUGAACAGAGCCUUUCAAUAUCUGGACGAAUUGAUGCACGAGAUGUAG